AUGGAUCGGGACGAUCCUCUGGAUUUUCUUUCAGACACCAGCGAAUCAGAAUUCAGAGAGAUCCUGACAGGGUUCAAGCAGCUCCAAGAUCAAAAUAAUGACUCACCGAUGGAUCAUCCAGCAGAGUUAAAAGAGGAGACCACUCCUCCAGGACACAGUGAGGUUGAACAGCAGAGAUCAGAUUCACCUGUGCCCAGCUGUUUGUCUAUGAGCAGUGACAUGUCCAUGGAACACCCACCAGAGUUAAAAGAGGGGACAGUUUCACCAGGACACAGUGAGGUUGAACAGCAGAGAUCAGACUCACCUGUGCCCAGCUGUUUGUCUAUGAGCAGUGACAUGUCCAUGGAACACCCACCAGAGUUAAAAGAGGGGACAGUUUCACCAGGACACAGAUAUGAAUCUGCAUUUCCUAAAGAGGAAGAAGAUAUUUCUGAGGAAUUCAAAUCCUGUCUGAAGACAAAGUAUAGACGUUUAUAUGAAGGAAUCCCAAAGCAGGGAUGCCCUUCACUUCUCAGUGAGGUCUACACAGAGCUCUACAUUAUACAAGGUGGAGAUGAGGUCAGUCAUCAACACGAAAUUGGACAAAAUGAGACGGCAUCCGAGAGAGCAGUAACCAAGGACACUUUAGUCAAAUACAAUGACAUAUUUAAACCCUUAUCCGGACAAGACAAAACCAUCAGAAUAGUACUGACAACAGGAGUCGCAGGCAUUGGAAAAACUGUCUCUGUCCAAAAGUUUGUCCAAGACUGGACUGAAGGAAUGGCAAACCAGCAUAUCCACUUCAUAUUCCAUUUUCCAUUCAGGGAGCUGAAUUUGAUGAAGGACCAGAAGUACAGUCUGGUAGAGCUUCUCCACUGUUAUUUUGCUGAGACAAAAAGAUUGAAAUCUUUUAGAAAGGAAUAUGAAGUUCUGUUCAUUUUUGACGGCCUGGAUGAGUGUCAACUCCCUCUAGAUUUUCAGAACAAUUUCAGAGUGAGUGAUGUGACAAAACCAACUUCAGUGGAUGUGCUGCUGACAAACCUUAUCAGUGGGAACCUGCUUCCCUCUGCUCUCAUCUGGAUAACUUCCCGACCCGCAGCAGCCAGUCAGAUCCCACCUAAGUAUAUUGAUCAAAUCACAGAGAUUCGAGGAUUCAAUGACUCACAAAAGGAGACAUACUUUAGAAAAAGAAUUGGCAAUGAGGAUCUGGCCAGUAGAAUCAUCUCGCAUUUGAAGUUUUCAAGAUCUCUGUACAUCAUGUGUCAUAUACCGUUUUUCUGUUGGAUUUCAGCCACUGUUCUAGAGCAGAUGUUUGCUGAAGAAGGGGAAGGAGAGGUACCCAAAACUCUGACUGAAAUGUACACACACUUUCUGCUCACUCAGACAAAUGUCAGAGAAGAAAAGUAUGGUGAAAGAACAGAGCCAAACAAAGACUUUAUUUUCAGACUGGGCCGUCUGGCUUUCCAGCAGCUGGUGAAUGGCAAUCAAAUCUUCUAUGAGGAAGACCUGAGGGAGUGUGGCAUUGAUGUCAGACAGGCAUCAGUGUAUUCAGGAUUGUGCACCCAGCUCUUCAGAGAAGUAAUUGGGCUGCAGCAGAAGAAAGUUUUCAGUUUUGUACAUUUAAGCAUUCAAGAGCACCUGGCAGCUUUGUAUGCGCAUAUGUCCUUUGUCAACAAUAACACAAAUGUCCUGCACCAAGUUACAAAAUUGGAAUCCCCCAUCAAAGGUACAGCAAUGGUUGAGUUGCACAAGAGCGCAGUUGAUAGGGCCUUACAGAGUAAGAAUGGACACCUGGAUCUUUUCCUCCGUUUCCUUCUGGGCCUGUCACUGGAGUCCAGCCAGACUCUCUUACAAAGCCUACUGAGGCAGACAGGGAGUAGCUCACUGAGCAAAGAGAAGACAAUCAAAUAUAUUAAAAAAAGGAUUGAGGAAACUUCUUGUCCUGAGAAGUGCAUCAACCUGUUUCACUGUUUGAAUGAACUGAAUGAUCACACUCUAGUGGAGGAAAUCAAAUGCUUCAUGAGUACGGGGUAUUUAGCUAAGAACCUUUCAGUCUCACAGUGGUCAGCGGUAGCCUUUGUGUUGCUUACUUCUGAAGUGGAGUUGGGCAUGUUUGACUUGAAGAAAUACACAGACUCUGUAUCAGAUGCUUCAUAUGUCACAUUGCUUCUUCUGAGGCUCCUUCCAGUUGUCAGAGCAUCCAGUGCAGCAAAGUUGCGAUAUUGUAGCAUAACAAAGGAAGGCUAUGAAGCUCUGGCAUCAGUCCUGAAUUCAACUUUCUCAAACCUCAGAGAACUGGAUCUUGGAGAUAAUGAAUAUUUGCUAGAUUCAGGGAUAAAGUCUUUGUAUGCUGGACUGGAAAGUCCACACUGUAAACUGGAGAAACUGAUGCUGAAUAAUUGUCACCUGACAGAAAAAAGCUGUUCAGCUCUUUCCGCAGUUCUUGGUUUAGAUUCCUCGUGUCUGACGGAGCUGGACCUCAGUGAGAAUAAUUUGCUGGAUCCAGGAGUCACAUUGAUUUGUGCUGGACUGAGGAGUCCUCAGUGUAAACUGAAAAUACUGAGAUUGAGAUGUUGUAACAUGACAGAGAAAAGCUGUGAAGCUCUGGCCUCAAGUUUCUGCUCAGACUACACAUGUCUGAAGGAGCUGAACUUGAAUGACAAUAAUUUGCUGGACUCAGGUGUGAAACUGCUCUCUGCUGGACUGGAGAAUCAUCGUUGUAAACUGGAGAAACUAAAGUUGAGGAAUAGUGGUCUGACAGUGAAAGGCUGUGAAACUCUGGCCAUAGUUCUCAACUCUGCCUGCUCACAACUCAAAGAAUUGGACCUGAGCGGCAAUGACCUUCAGGACUCAGGAGUGGAAGAGCUGUCUGCUGGACUGGCGAGUCCUCACUGUAAACUAGAGACACUGAGAUUACGGUCCUGUAAUUUCACAGAGAGAAGCUGUACUCAUUUGGUCUCAGCUCUUACUUCGUUCUCUUCACGUCUGAAAGAGUUGAACCUAAGUGGCAAUGAACUACGGGAUCCAGGGGUUAGAACCCUCUGUGCUGGCCUUGAGAGUCCUCACUGUCAUCUAAAAACACUGGGGCUGGAAAACUGUGGGAUAACAGAAGAAGGAUGCAUCGCCUUGGCCACAGCUCUCAGAUCAAAUCCCUCACACUUGAGAGAGCUCACCCUGAAAGAAAAACAUCUAGGAUAUCUGGGAAAGAAGAAUCUCUCUGCUCUACUAGAGGAUCCAAACAAUAAGCUAGAGAAGCUUAGAUUCGACUGA